UCCGGGACAGGGCUGGACGGCUUGGUACCAUGUGGGAGCUGCCGUGAAGAGUUGUCGGCUCCCUGUGUCUUUAGAAAUCCGCUGGCGUGAAAGAUGACGUCCUUAGCCCAGCAGCUGCAGCGACUCGCCCUCCCCCAGAGUGAUCCCAGCCUCUUAUCCAGACAUGAAGUUGCUUCUCUGCUGUUUGACCCCAAGGAAGCGGCCACCAUCGACAGGGACACCGCCUUUGCCAUCGGAUGCACAGGACUUGAAGAGUUGCUUGCAAUUGAUCCUUCCUUUGAGCAGUUUGAAGCACCGUUGUUCAGCCAGCUAGCAAAAACCUUGGAGCGCAGCGUUCAGACCAAAGCAGUGAACAAACAGCUGGAUGAAAACCUUUCAUUAUUCCUUAUUCACUUAUCACCUUACUUCCUGCUUAAGCCAGCACAGAAAUGUCUGGAGUGGUUGAUUCACAGGUUUCAUAUCCAUCUUUAUAAUGAAGAUAGUCUCAUUGCUUGUGUUCUGCCAUACCACGAGACAAGAAUAUUUGUGCGGGUUAUACAGCUUCUAAAAAUUAAUAGUUCAAAGCACAAAUGGUUCUGGUUGUUACCAGUUAAGCAAUCUGGAGUGCCCUUAGCUAAAGGAACUUUGAUUACCCACUGCUACAAAGAUCUUGGAUUCAUGGAUUUCAUUUGUAGUCUGGUGAUGAAAUCUGUGAAGGUUUUUGCUGAGUAUCCAGGAAGCUCGGCUCAGUUGCGGGUGCUCUUGGCUUUCUAUGCUACUACCAUCGUGUCUGCUCUAGUGGCUGCGGAGCACAUAUCGGACAACAUAGUCGCCAAACUAUUUCCAUAUAUCCAGAAGGGAUUGAAAUCAUCUUUGCCAGAUUACAGAGCUGCAACGUACAUGAUAAUAUGUCAGAUUUCUGUGAAAGUGACAAUGGAAGAUACCGUUGUUAAUUCAUUGGCAUCACAGAUCAUCAAAACAUUGACCAAGAUUCCCUCUUUGAUCAAGGAAGGAUUAGGUUCCUUGAUAGUGCUCCUGCAGAGACAGAAGCCUGAGAGCCUUGGGAAAAAGCCGUUUACUCACCUGUGUGAUGUUCCCGAUCUUAUUACAAUACUUCACGGCAUUUCUGAGACAUAUGACGUCAGUCCUCUUCUGCGUUACAUGCUUCCCCGUCUGGUUGCUGCCGUCAUUCAUCACGUGUCAG